AUGGCUCGUCACAGAGACGAAGAUGACGAUGAGAUGGACCCAGAGGAAGAGGACGAGUACGAACCAGACCAAGUUAUAGACGAGGAUGAAGAAGAGGAAGAGGAGGAGGAGCGAGGAGGACGACGCUCCAGUCAGAAGCGGAGGAGAUCGGAUUUCAUCGACGACGCUGCAGAGGAGGACGAUGAAGAGGAGGAAGAGGACGACGAGGAUGAUGAGGCUUAUGGUGGUGGUGCGAGUCGUAAGCGGAGGAAUAAGAGGCCCAGUGGGUCGCAGUUUCUUGAUAUCGAGGCUGAGGUCGAUACCGAUGAUGAGGAAGAUGAAGAUGAAGGCGAGGACGACUUCAUUGUUGAUAAUGGAGCUGAUCUACCUGAAGACGAUGAUGGUAGAAGGAUGCAUCGUCGUCCAUUGCUGCCUCGAGAAGAUGAGCAAGAAGAUGUUGAAGCGCUUGAGAGAAGAAUUCAAGCGCGGUAUGCAAGGUCGAGUCAUACAGAAUACGAUGAGGAGACUACUGAUGUGGAUCAGCAAGCUCUUUUACCUUCUGUUAGGGAUCCAAAGUUGUGGAUGGUGAAAUGUGCGAUUGGUCGUGAGCGAGAGGCUGCUGUUUGCUUAAUGCAAAAGUAUAUUGAUAAACCUGAACUGCAAAUCAGGUCUGCUGUUGCUCUAGACCACCUUAAAAACUUUAUAUACAUUGAAGCAGACAAAGAAGCCCAUGUGAGGGAGGCGUGCAAAGGUCUACGCAAUAUAUUUGCCCAGAAGAUAAAUCUUGUUCCGAUCAGAGAAAUGACUGAUGUUCUGUCGGUUGAAAGCAAGGCAAUUGAUCUUUCUAGGGAUACGUGGGUUGUGGAUGUCGAUAAUGUGCGGCAGAAAGUUACAGUAAAAUUAAUUCCAAGGAUUGAUUUACAAGCUAUUGCAAAUAAACUGGAGGGCAGAGAAGUUGUGAAAAAGAAGGCAUUUGUUCCUCCUCCACGUUUUAUGAAUAUUGAUGAAGCAAGGGAACUGCAUAUUCGUGUAGAGCGUAGACGAGAUCCGAUGACUGGUGAUUACUUUGAGAAUAUUAAUGGCAUGCUGUUUAAAGAUGGUUUCCUGUACAAAGCAGUAUCAAUGAAAUCAAUUAGCUCUCAAAACAUACAUCCCACUUUUGAUGAACUUGAAAAAUUCCGGAAACCCGGGGAGAAUGGUGAUGGAGAUAUUGCCGGUUUGUCAACUUUAUUUUCAAACAGAAAGAAGGGACACUUUAUGAAGGGUGAUACAGUUAUUGUUAUCAAGGGAGAUCUUAAAAAUUUGAAAGGAUGGGUUGAGAAAGUUGAGGAAGAGACUGUACAUAUCAGGCCCGAAAUGAAAGAACUUCCAAAAACUCUUGCCAUAAACGAAAAAGAGCUUUGCAAAUACUUUGAACCUGGGAAUCAUGUGAAAGUUGUAUCUGGUACUCAGGAAGGUUCAACUGGUAUGGUUGUUAAGGUUGAGCAGCACGUGCUCAUCAUUUUAUCUGAUAUAACGAAGGAACAUAUCCGUGUGUUUGCUGAUGAUGUUGUGGAGAGUACUGAGGUGACAUCUGGUAUUACCAGAAUUGGUGCAUAUGAGCUUCACGAUCUUGUUCUACUGGCUAAUAAUAGUUUCGGUGUAAUCAUUCGUGUGGAAAGGGAAGCAUUUCAGGUUCUUAAGGGAGUGCCUGACAGACCCGAGGUUGCCCUUGUCAAGUUAGGAGAGAUAAAGUGCAAGAUUGAGAAAAGUUUUCCUGUUGAAGUGAAGUAUAAACACAAAGUAUCUGUGAAAGAUGUUGUGAGGGUCAUUGAUGGCCCUUGCGAGGGGAAACAAGGUCCCGUGGAACACAUAUACAGGGGAGUCUUGUUCAUUUAUGAUCGCCAUCACCUAGAGCAUGCAGGCUUUAUCUGUGUUAAGUCCCAUGCUUGUGCUCUUGUGGGAGGAUCACGUGCGAAUGGUGAUAGAAAUGGUGAUACCAACUCAAGAUAUGACCAUCUCAGAACUCCUCCUCGUAUUCCCCAGUCACCAAAGAGGUUUUCUAGAGGAGGCCCUCCAAAUAACUAUGGAGGAAGGAAUAGAGGUGGACGAGGGCAUGAUGGCUUGGUUGGGACUACAGUAAAGGUUCGCCAGGGUGCCUAUAAGGGCUAUCGUGGACGUGUUGUUGAGGUUAAGGGACCCAAUGUACGGGUUGAAUUGGAGUCCCAAAUGAAGGUUGUUACAGUUGAUCGUAAUUGUAUUUCUGAUAAUGUGGCUAUUACAACACCAUAUCGUGAUACAUCUCGCUAUGGUAUGGGAAGUGAGACCCCAAUGCAUCCUUCUCGAACUCCGCUUCAUCCAUAUAUGACUCCUAUGAGGGAUGCUGGAGCAACGCCUAUUCAUGACGGCAUGAGGACUCCUAUGCGUGACCGAGCAUGGAAUCCGUAUGCACCUAUGAGUCCAGCAAGGGAUAACUGGGAGGAUGGGAACCCUGCUUCUUGGAGUGCGAGCCCACAGUAUCAGCCAGGAAGUCCACCAUCACGAGCGUAUGAAGCACCAACUCCUGGUUCUGGUUGGGCUAACACUCCUGGUGGAAAUUAUAGUGAAGCUGGCACACCAAGGGACAGUAGUUCUGCUUAUGCAAAUGCUCCUAGCCCUUACUUGCCAUCAACUCCGGGUGGGCAGCCUAUGACACCAAAUUCGGUGUCCUAUCUUCCUGGAACUCCUGGGGGGCAACCAAUGACACCAGGCACUGGUGGUCUGGAUAUGAUGUCUCCUGUUAUAGGUGGGGACAGUGAGGGACCAUGGUUCAUGCCGGACAUAUUGGUCAAUGUACGCAAUUCUGGAGAGGAAACUACUGGAGUUGUCAGAGAAGUGCUCCCGGAUGGCUCCUGUAGGGUAGUUAUAGGGUCAAGUGGCAAUGGGGAAACUAUAACGGCGCUGCCUAAUGAAAUGGAGGCAGUCGUACCAAGGAAAAAUGAUAAGAUCAAGAUCAUGGGUGGCUCAUUACGCGGUGUCACUGGUAAGCUGAUUGGUGUGGAUGGCACGGAUGGAAUUGUCAAGGUGGAUGACACCCUUGAUGUUAAGAUAUUAGACUUGGCUAUUUUGUCAAAACUAGGCCAAUAG